GUCGUGUUCAUCGCAUUGAAGCGGGCUUGACAAACAUUCCUUUUUCUCUAUUCCAGCACCCACAUACUCUUGUAUUAACAUUGAUUUAUUCCGUUGCAUCUAAAUGCAGUAUCGUAGUAUAUUUCGACGAACAAUUAUUCAUCCAUCCCAUUAUGACCGACUAUAACAAGCUCACAGUCGCGAACUUGCGCCAAAUCCUCAAAGACCGCGGGAUAGCUUCCACAGGACUCACGCGUAAGGCGCAGAUAAUCGAAAAGCUAGAGGAACGCGAUCAAGAGGAGAAUGCAGCGCCUGCGGAGACUGAGCAAACCCCUGAGGUUUUAGAAGCUCCUGAAGCUCCCGAGGCUCCUAAACCUGAGGUGAAGCCUGCGGAGGAGCCGGUGCAAGAGGAGACUGCGCCAAGCCCAGAAGCACUUACUCGGGAAGACCAAGAAUUCAACUCUAUAUCCCAGGAGGACGUUCCCGAACCCACACCAGCUGCAGAUGCCACCCCUAUAGAGGAACCCGAGAAACAACAGGAAGCUGCACCGCAAAGCCCAUCCGAACCUAUGCGCGAACCUUCUCGCGAGCCUUCACGAGAAAUGUCUGAGGCAUUGCCUACGGAGAAGGAAGCUACACCAGAUGCGCCGGAUGAUGCUACCACAACAGCAGACCCUAUAGUACAACCUUCGGACACUACGCCGCAGACAGAGACACAAGACUUCGCAAUGAAAGAUCCACGCACCCCAUCACCCGAUCCAAACGAGAAGCAGUCGGUGGAGAAGGCCACCCUGGCUCCCAUCCCGGAAACAUCAACAAAUGCAUCUAUAGAUGCGUCGAGAUUAAACACGGAAGAGCUGGAGGCAGAUACAAAGAAGCGCAAGCGCAGAAGCCAAUCCCCAGAUGUCGCAUCACAGGAUCUACGAGCCAAGAAGCCCCGACCAAGCGAAAUAGCUGCGGAAAAUGUUCACCUGAAGGAAGACACGGAUGUGGUCAUGGAGCAGCGCGCACCAGAAGCAGAGGUGGAUAAGGUCGAAGAGAAGGAGGAGAGAGAACAGACAGAAGAGUCGGAGGCAGUGAAGGAACAAAGCGCGGUAAUGGAGAAAAAGGAGAAGGAUAACCGAUACAAAGACAUACUCCCGCCGUCCGAGCCAACAGUCUCCGCUGAAGCAACGGCCGACGAUCGACCUAUAUUUCCAGCACUGCAUCCUGCAACACCUGCUAUCUAUAUCCGCGAUUUAAUGCGCCCACUCCGACCAGAUCCACUCCGUAAACACCUCAUAUCACUCGCCUCGCCACCAAAUUCUUCGCCCGAUCCCUCGAUACUCAAAUCGCUCUUCCUAGAUCCUGUGCGAACGCAUGCACUUGUGCUUUUCGCUAGUACUACAGCUGCCUCACGCGUACGUUCCAGCCUCCACGGCUGCGUCUGGCCACCGGAAAGCCAACGUAAAGAGCUCUGGGUAGAUUUCGUCCCAGAAGACAAGGUUGAUCUCUGGAUUCAAGAAGAGGAGGGUGCCAUCGCCGCAGAGAAAGAGGCACGCGCUUCGGGCCGCCCAAUACCUGCCAAGCGAUUCGAAGUGGUCUAUGAUGAAAUCCAUAAUGAUGCAGGGAGCGCCGUGGAAGCUGUGUUCCAAGAAGUCGGCGCACGCGCUCCAGCAAACGCACCCCGAGGCCCCAAGGCCAGUAUGGAUCGAUUCCGCCGUGGAUCCGAACAACAGGGACCCCCUCUGCCAAAAGCUUCAAGCGACGAAGAGACUCGCAAGGAUCUAGGAAAGAGCUUCCAGACCCUCGACCAGCUAUUCAAGUCUACGGCCGCGAAACCCAAACUCUACUUCCUUCCCGUGUCCGACAACAUCGCCGAUCGUCGACUUGAUGAGCUUCGUGAAGCGACGAGUAGAAAAUACAACCCGGAUGAGAAGGUCAGGGGCAGAGGUGCUCAGUUCAAUGAUCUGAACCAGAAAGUCAGGUUCUCUUUCGACGAAGAUGACAGGCUGAUUGAGGUUGGUGGAGACUUCGGGCCUUGGAAAGAUGAUACUGGGUUUAAGGGAGGAAGAGGCGGUGGAAGGGGAGGAAGGUUCCGAGGUGGUGGUGGAUUUAGGGGUGGCCGUGGAGGAGGAUACAGGGGCGGAGGUCGUCUUGACUAAGUCGACAUCGACUCUUUCAAAAUUUUAUCAGCAGGUCAUUCUGGGGCAUGAAAUCUGGGUCUGGCAAAGGGAAAUUAAAAUGUCUAUAUAUCAGCGGCGUGUCAUCGACACUGGAGGUACUUUGCAUUGGGAAUUGGCGUUAUGAUGAGAGAUUAUGGGUGGACUACUGAGAUGAAUCUAGCUUCGGCUGGUGGAACGAAGGAAAAUACAUGAAUAUAAAAUUUUCAUCGCCAGCUUCAUGUUAUCACCGUCUUG